AUGCCCGCCCACCCGCCUGCUAUAAGCCCCACCCUGUCUUACGCACGCCCCCUCCCCGAACGCAAACUUGCCUCUUGUUCGCCCAACCCACCCACCUUUUUUCUUCGCCCCGCCCAACUGCCGUCUCUCCGCACCACUCACGCGGCUUCUCACCGUCCCGCCCCGUCCUGCCCACGCCUACAGAAUAAUAUUCUCCCCACCCACCAGGUUCCUCUCCUCCCCGCCUCGUCCUACGAGCGCCCUCCAGAAUCUCCUCAGCCCUGCCUUGUGCUAUGCUCGCCCACCCACCUCUUCGCCCCGCCCACCAAAUUCCUCUCCGCCCCGCCACGUCAUCAGAGGAUCCUGCUUGGUCAGAGCCGUGACGGCAUCGUGUUCAGCACUGAUGACUAUUUCCGCCACCAGGAUGGGUACAGGUACAACGUCAAUCAGCUCGGUGAUGCCCAUGACUGGAACCAGAACAGAGCAAAACAAGCGAUCGCUCAGGGGAGAUCUCCAGUUAUAAUUGACAACACUAAUACGCAGGCGUGGGAGAUGAAGCCAUACGUGGAAAUGGCCGUAGGAAAAGGAUACAGAGUAGAGUUUCAUGAGCCAGAAACUUGGUGGAAAUUUGAUCCCGAAGAAUUAGAAAAGAGGAAUAAGCACGGUGUGUCCCGGAAGAAGAUUGUUCAGAUGCUGGAACGGUACGAGUCCCACAUGUCCAUCGCAGUGGUGCUGAAUUCAGUGGAGCCUUCACACAAAAGCGCGCUGAGACCGCCUCCUCCAGAGUGCAGACCGAG